GCGAUCAGGACGCGUCGUUUGGCCACAUACUCUGUCAGUCUGAAAAUUUAACGAGGCCCGCCAUGGAGGACCCGACCGUCGUCGCCGCGUGCGUCGCGGGCGGCGUCGUCGCCGCGACGGGCUGCUACAUGGCGUACCAGAAGUCCGCGGGCGUGACGCGCGACGCGUCCGGCGGCACGGGCGCGGCCUUCGAGGGCCAGCUCGCCGCGGGUGUGAACAUGCUCAGCAACGGCGACAGCGUGCUCGCGCGCGAGAAGGUCGAGAACUCGAUGGACGAGUACGCGGCGCUCUUCGAGGGCCAGACGGGCAAGCACAGCGCGAACGGCCUCACGGACGAGAAGGGCGCCGUGACGUCCGCGGAGUCCAUCAAGAAGCGCCAGGAGGGCUACCGGACCAUGGUCAACAACUUCUACGACCUCGUGACGGACUUCUACGAGUACGGCUGGUGCCAGUCGUUCCACUUCGCGCCGCGCUGGCAGGGCGAGACGUUCCUCGAGUCGAUCAAGCGCGCCGAGUACCACCUCUGCAGCCGCCUGGGCAUGAAGCCCGGCGUCAAGGCGCUCGACGUCGGCUGCGGCGUCGGCGGCCCCAUGCGGAACAUGGCCAUCUUCUCCGGCGCGUCCAUCGAGGGCAUCACGAUCAACGAGUACCAGGUCAAGGUCGGCAACAAGUACCACGCGCAGCAGGGCGUCGCGGACAUCGCGCACACGACGCGCGGCGACUUCCAGAACCUGCCGGGCUUCACGAACGGCGAGCUCUGGGAGGGCAUCGACUACGGCGACAUGGACUGGACGGGCAAGUUCGACGUCGCCUACGAGAUCGAGGCGACGUGCCACUCGCCGGACAAGACGCGGUGCUUCUCCGAGGUCGCGCGCUGCCUCAAGCCCGGCGGCCUCUUCGCGGGCUACGAGUGGGUCGUGCUCCCGGACCGCGGCUACGACGGCGCGAACCCGACGCACGUCGCCAUCAAGGAGGGCAUCGAGAUCGGCAACGGCCUCCCGACGCUCGCGACGCCGGAGAAGGUCGUCGCGGCCCUCGAGGCCGCGGGCUUCGAGGUCCUCGAGCACUACGACGCGAACCGCAACGUCCACAGCCCCGUCGAGAUCCCCUGGUACGACACGCUCAACGGCAAGUUCACGCUGAGCGGCUUCCGCAUGACCAACCUCGGCCGCAACUGCACGCACGCCAUGGUCACGGCCCUCGAGACCCUCCGCAUCGCGCCCAAGGGCACGACCCACGUCUCCGCCAUGCUCAACGCGACGGCCCUCGACCUCGUCGAGGGCGGCAAGCAGGAGCUCUUCACGCCCUCCUACUUCUUCGUCGCCCGCAAGAAGUAGGCCGCCGCGCGACACCGCAGCCACCGGCGAACCCCCCCCACCCCCAGGCGCCCCCUUAAGUUCGAAGUCGGGGCGACCGAGCGCGCACGCGUCGACUCCAGAAGUC